GGUGAAGUCGUAAUACCCGUCAGUGUCACCAUGUGUUAUCACUCGGCGCUGAUAAGCGUGUAAGCCGGCCCUUGACGAUAGCCGUCGCCUCACCUCAAGGAAUCUACACAAGUCAAUUGAUAGUGUCUGACUUAAGGAAUUACGUCUUUGAUCGACUGAUUGGGGCUAAUGCAUGUCCUGUCCCAGGAAAAGGGGUGCGGGGUAGUCUUGGAUGGUUGGGAGGCCGGAUGAUCGGACGGGAACUAGAACGAGGUAUAAGAGGCAUGGUUCCCAGUGGAAGUUGUAUGUCUGGAUGUAUCCUGUCUUGAUCAUUCCGGUAACAGUACCAGGUAUUAUUGCGAUUCACCUCACUUCAAAGGUCACACUGCAGUAGCGAGACACAAUGGGCAAGUCGGCUAUCCGGACGGUCUGCAAAGUUGACCUUGACAAGCCUGCUUCGGAGCAGCCCCAUCUUCACAACAGAUGGCAUCCCGACAUUCCCUUCGCGGCGACCAUAAAGGAUGGCGAGACUGUGAAGAUCGAGUGUCUUGACUGGACUGGCGGUCAAAUCAAGAACGACGACUGUGCCGACGAUAUCAAGAACGUCAACCUUACGAAAGUCCACUACCUCUCUGGGCCAUUCGAGAUUGAGGGUGCGGCCCCGGGUGAUCUGCUCCUCGUCGAGAUCAUGGACGUCCAGCCGUUCCAGGACCAGCCGUGGGGCUUCACUGGGGUGUUCGACAGGCGCAACGGUGGUGGGUUCCUAGAUGAGAUCUACCCCUCGGCUGCCAAAGCGAUCUGGGACUUCGAAGGCAUUUAUUGCACGAGCCGCCACAUCCCCCACGUCAAGUUUGCCGGGCUCAUCCACCCGGGCAUUCUGGGUUGCGCCCCGUCUGCCGAGGUCCUCGCGCAGUGGAAUACGCGUGAGGCCGAGCUGAUUGCGGCAAACAAGCUCGACCGCGAUGUCGCUCAUCCACCCCAACCCCUCAGUGUCCACGCCGGGAGUGCAGGCGCGAACUUGACGGAGAAGGUUGGCCGGGAGGGUGCAAGGACUAUUCCUGGCCGUCCGGAACACGGAGGGAACUGUGAUAUCAAAAACCUCUCCCGCGGCUCCAAGGUAUACCUACCCGUCCACGUACCGGGCGCCAAGUUCUCGGUCGGCGACCUUCACUUCUCGCAAGGCGACGGCGAGAUCUCGUUCUGCGGUGCCAUCGAGAUGGCGGGUGUCAUCACCAUCAACUUCACCGUCAUCAAGAACGGCAUGGCCGACCUGGCUCUGAAAAGCCCCGUCUACAUUCCCGGCCCCGUCGAGCCCCAGUUUGGGCCGGGACGGUAUAUCUACUUCGAAGGCUUCUCGGUUGACGAGCACGGGAAACAGCACUACAUGGACGUGACAGUCGCCUACCGCCAGACGACGCUCCGCUGCAUCGAGUACCUCCGGCGUUUUGGAUACUCAGACUACCAGAUCUACCUGCUGCUGUCCUGCGCGCCGAUCCAGGGGCAUGUGGCGGGGAUUGUGGAUGUUCCAAAUGCGUGCACCACGCUGGGGCUGCCGAUGGAUAUCUUUGGCUUUGACAUCUCGCCUCAGGCAGCGGCCGGAGUGAAGAAGAUGGAUAUGGGACGCUGCGCGUUUGAGACGGGCCGGACGGAAGGGGUGGUCUGUCGGGACGGCGGGAGGAAUAGUCAGGUUAGUUUUGGAGGGGGUUUGACAUACAAGGUGUAG